AUGAGGGGGUUGCUCAUCUUCUUACCUCUUUAUACGCUCCUUGUUUUCCUCUAUACCCCAUCUUCACGAGGCCAAGUCAUCGACCGCCGCUCCGUCGUUAACCGUUAUAAUCCUACACGAAAUGCAUCCAGUCUCAGCACACCAAUGCAAGUGGGUAAUGGGAAUUUUGCUUUUGGUGCAGACAUUACAGGAAUGCAAACGUUCCAGCCCUUUGCGAUUAUGUCAUCUUGGGGCUGGAAAAACGAUUCCUUACCACCGGGAAAAACUGUACAAGACGUGGAACAAUAUCGGGGAGUCAGCUGGUUGAACCAUGGAAGAACUGUCCUAUACGAUUUUGGAGGUGGAAACCCGAUUGAACAAUGGUUGAUUUCGAAUCCUAACCGAGUCAAUUUGGGAAGGAUUGGAUUGGUGUUUGGCGAUUCGAAAGGACAAACCCUCACUAUUACGGAGAACGACUUGAGUGACGCUUCACAGGAGCUGGAGCUCUGGACUGGCAUUCUGACGAGUAAUUUCACCUUCGAUGGAGUGCCGGUCAUGGUUAGGACUGCUUCGGCACAAUUAGACGAUACCGUGGCGUUCACUGUUGUUUCUUCUCUCGUGGAAGACGGAAGAAUUGCUAUAUUCAUCGAUUUUCCUUGGAACGAUGGGAAAACAAAAUUCAGUGCACCUUUCGUAGGAAACUGGAAUGCGACUUCGAAUCACACCACUACAUUGACUACGAACGGCAUAUCGACGUACAUCGCUCAUGAACUGGACUCCUCCGUGUUUAUGACUUCGUUGAACGGGGAUGGAUUCAGUAUUAGUCGGGAUUCGCCUAAUCUACAUCGUUAUAGCAUUCACCCUUCUGGGGAUUCCAGUUCGUUCUCGUUUUCUGCUGCCUUUGGAUUGGAACCGAAACUUGAUGUGCAGGCUGCCCAGCAAGUCAUGCAGUCAUCGGUGAAUGAAUGGGAAAAAUUCUGGGAACAGAGCGGCUUCAUCGACGUGUUCACUGACUCGACGGAUCCACGAGCGGAUGAACUUCAACGGAGAAUCAUUCUUUCGCGCUAUUUGAUGCGAGUGAACGAAGCCGGCGAUACACCUCCCCAAGAGUCUGGCCUUGUAAACGACGGAUGGGUAAGUGGCGUUCGAAUGACUGUACCUUCCAUCUCCUCAUUUUUUCUAAUUUGCAUUUACUCGAAUGACAGUACGGGUAAGUCAAUCUUCUCCUCGAAAGUGAUACCGUCUAACUGA